GGCGGAGCCGGAUGCGGGCGGUACUGCCGCCGCCGCGGCCCUAGGGAUGGGCGGAGCCCCGGCCGCUGGUGCUGGUGGCCGCCGCCGCUGCCGGAACCUGAGCCGGAGCCGCCGCCCCUGCCGCCGCGCGUCGUUGCUUCGCAAGGCGGCGGGAUGCUGGGGAAAGGGGGAGUCGGCGGUGGCGGCGGCACCAAGGCGCCCAAGCCCUCCUUCGUGUCGUACGUACGCCCUGAGGAAAUUCACACAAAUGAAAAGGAAGUAACAGAGAAGGAAGUCACUCUUCACUUGUUGCCAGGGGAACAGCUGCUUUGUGAAGCCAGCACAGUCCUGAAGUAUGUGCAGGAAGAUUCCUGUCAGCGUGGUGUCUAUGGGAGACUCGUGUGCACUGACUUCAAGAUUUCCUUCCUGGGGGACGAGGACCCAACCUUGGAUAAUGGUGGGGAAGCUCAGUUUAAGAAUAAGAUCAUAGGAGUAAAUGACGUGCCACUGCACUGUGUGGAUCAGAUUUAUGGAGUGUUUGAUGAGAAAAAGAAACCUCUGUUUGGACAACUGAAGAAGUACCCCGAGAAGCUCGUUAUCCACUGCAAAGACCUGCGGGUGCUCCACUUCUGUCUGAGGUACACAAAGGAGGAGGAAGUCAAAAGGAUCGUCAGUGGCAUAGUCCACCACACGCAGAGCCCCAGGCUGCUGAAAAGGCUGUUUCUGUUCUCCUACGCAGCUGCUGUGCACGGCACAGCCGCUGACCCCAGGAACUGUACUGUAAUGUUUGACACGCCGAAAGACUGGUGUUGGGAGCUGGAGCGGACCAAGGGUAGUGUGAAGUACAAGACAGUGAGUGUGAAUGAAGGCUACCGAGUUUCUGACAGGUUGCCAGCAUACUUCGUUGUCCCCACUCCCCUUCCAGAAGACGAUGUGAAGCGUUUUCAGGGCCAUGGUAUACCAAUCUGGUGUUGGUCCUGUCACAAUGGAAGUGCCCUUUUGAAGAUGUCAGCACUGCCCAAAGAACAGGAUGACGGUGCUUUGCAAAUUCAGAAGAGCUUCUUGGAUGGAAUUUACAAGACUAUCCACAGGCCACCCUACGAGAUGGUUAAAACUGAAGACUUAUCAAGCAACUUCCUGUCCCUGCAGGAGAUCCAGAGUGCGUACUGUAAAUUUAAGCAGCUGUUUCUGAUAGAUAACAGUUCGGAAUUUUGGGACACAGACAUAAAAUGGUUUUCUCUCUUAGAAAGCAGCAGCUGGCUCGAUAUAAUCAGACGCUGCCUGAAGAAAGCAAUAGAGAUCACGGAAUGCCUGGAAGCACAGAGCAUGAACAUCCUCCUGUUGGAAGAGAAUGCUUCUGACCUCUGCUGUCUCCUCUCCUCUCUGGUGCAAGUGAUGAUGGAUGCCCACUGUCGAACCAGGACUGGGUUCCAAAGCCUCAUCCAAAAGGAGUGGGUCAUGGGUGGCCACUCUUUCUUGGACCGCUGUAACCAUCUCCACCAGAGUGACAAAGAGGAGGUUCCUGUGUUCCUGCUUUUCUUGGACUGCGUCUGGCAGCUGGUGCACCAGUAUCCCCCGGCAUUUGAGUUCACAGAGACAUACCUGACUGUUCUGUCAGAUAGCCUGUAUAUACCUAUUUUUAGCACCUUCUUCUUCAAUUCACCUCAUCAAAAAGAUACUAACAUGGGCAGGGAAAGCCUGGAUGCACAAAGCAAGCCUUUGACUCUGCUCACCGUGUGGGAUUGGUCAGUACAGUUUGAACCCAAAGCACAGACAUUACUCAGAAACCCUCUCUAUGUGGAAAAGCCAAAACUGGACAAAGGCCAGCGGAAAGGAUCACGUUUCAAACAUCAACGACAACUUUCUUUGCCACUUACCCAGUCUAAGUCAUCUCCCAAAAGAGGUUUUUUCAGGGAAGAAACAGAUCAUUUAAUCAAGAAUCUCCUAGGCAAGAGAAUUAGUAAACUUAUUAACUCUUCCGAUGACCUCCAGGACAGCUCUCGGGAGUUCUACGACAGCUGGCAUAGCAAGCCCACAGACUACCACGGCCUGUUGUUACCUCACAUUGAGGGGCCGGAAAUCAAGGUGUGGGCUCAGCGCUAUUUACGUUGGAUUCCAGAAGCCCAAAUCCUGGGUGGUGGCAGAGUGGCCACCAUGGGCAAACUCUUGGAGAUGAUGGAGGAAGUGCAGAGCUUGCAGGAGAAGAUAGAGGCAAGGCACCACAGUCAGGAGGCUGUCCACGCACAGGCGCCCGGGCUGCUCAGGAACUCGGUCCGCCUGUCUUCCUUGUUCCCCUUUGCACUGCUCCAGCGACAUUCAGCCAAGCCUGUCUUGCCCACCAGUGGCUGGAAAGCUUUAGGAGGUGAAGAUGACUUGGCCAAACGAGAAGACGAGUUUGUGGACCUAGGGGACGUGUGACCUGUCUCCUCAGGGACUGUGAAAGAGGCACGCUGUGUGGUGGGACAGUUGUUCCCUGGACUGGUGUCACGGUGUCAGCCCAGGGCUGUGGAAAAGAGAGCAGAGGCUUUCGGGAAGAGAGCUGGCUCUCCUUUUCUUCCACAGUUCUGGAAGAUAAUGCAAUGAAAGCCAUGCCUCUAGUAUGCAUAGGAGGGAGUUCCCCCUUGACCUGUCAUAGGAUUGGGGUCGUCUCCUGACACCUGUAUUAUAUGUACACAAAAUGGCUCAUGGCCAGGCUGCUGUAAGAGCUUCCUCCUGUUAUUUCUGUGCCAAGAUAAUUAUGUAGCCAUUCCGAGCAAGAGGUAUUAAGGGAUGUGCUUAGACCAUAGCAUAUUCCUUGAUUUAAACCAUAGCAUAUUCCAGCGCGCGCGCGCGCGCACACGCGCGCACACACACACACACACACACACACAUACACACACACACACAGAGCCCAUAGAAAACUUCGACAGUUCUACUGGUGUCCCCCAUCCUAACAUUCAGUCCCUCUUUCCUGGACUGUAACAACACAGGGUGGGGGCAGCCUCCUUCCCUUUUCCUUUGCUGUCAUUCCCACCUUCCCUUUUCCUGCUCCAUGCCAUCCUGUGAAUCCACCUUGGUGCGCAUCGGCCCAGGGUCCUGCUGCCGUGACCUGUUGAUUAAACUGGGGGCAGUCCUCUGUCUUCCACGGGGGAGCUCCUUCCUGGAGCCCUCAGUUUUAACCACACAUUUGGCCCUCUGCUCCCCACACCUGGACUGUGCCUCUCUGCAGCCCCUCAGCUGGUCCCCUUGCCUUCCCCAUUACCCUCACAGAUGCUGGGGCAGGCAGGCCAAUUCGAAUGUGGCUUUCACAGGAAAGCAGUCAUGUCAGACGCAGUUAUCACAGGAUGAUGCCUCAGUGAUGUAAAAAGCCAUAGAAGAAACUCAGCUCUGCCUAGUCACCUUGGGUCUGCUGUUUUAAAGAUAUAUAUUUUUUUAAUGUUUGAAAGCUUCCUUUGUAAAGCUCAGUCCUGUCAUUCUCAACGGAGCCCCGUGCAGUCCCACAGACAGUGUGAAGAAUGGGAGUGCGCGAGGGACCUCGUUGACUCUGCCUCAAGUGUUUGCCUUUUAUCUGUAUUUGCUGGUCAGGAGAGGUCCAGUUGAGGAUGUCUCUGUUGCUCAUGGGCAAUAAGACAUUUUGAAACUCCACAGAGAGUCCUUUCUGAGUGCACUGAAUCAUCUUUCAUACAUAAUGAUCCUUUUUCCUCAUCUCCCUCCAUAGUAAUGCACAAUCCGGGUUGGUGCGUUGACCCAGCAAGCUGAGGGCAGGUCAGGAUUUGUGUUUCUGGGGCCAAAUGCACUCAGUCUCGGUUGCCUUAAGUCUUGCAGGCCAGGUCCAUGCUAGGCUUGUGCUGGGAAUUUAGAACACACCAGUUCCUUAGCUCCCUUUCCCUGGGUUCCUUGCGCUUCUCUAAACUAGCACUAACCGCCACACCCUCAGCCCCUGCUUCCCAAGUCCUCAGCAGAGAGAACUAUUUUUGUUACCAUAUUAUAACGUGAAUGUUUAUAUGGUAGCCUCUACAGUCUUAGUGAUUUUCUUUCCAAAAAAUGCCUCUUGUGAUGUUUUGUACUUCACAAAGUAUGGUUUAAAGGCACAAGGUCAUGACCCUUGCUAUUAGCAGUUGAAUGUGCAUUAAAAUAUUUUUCUAUUUUUUUAAAAUCACAAUAGAAAAAGUAAACAAGCUGUUGCAACCUGUGUGGUUAUGACAACUUAUGUAUUUAUAUUUGAAGCCAGAUUUCUAUAACUUGGAUUUGUGUAUAGAACUUCCCGUGGGUUUAUAUAUUGUGUAUUUUUAUUCAAGAUUGAGAUGUGGAUUAUGCUUAACAUUAAAAGAUAAAAUAAGACCAUUUGUUUAAAACACACUGUGCAAGUUUGGAAGUGUCUGUUGAUAAUUUACUGUGUAUAAUACUUGCAUUUGUUUAUACCUCUGUUUUUACACUGAAGAUAAACUAGAUUUAAUUAAAUUUUAAGAAUUUAAGGGACUAAGCUAUUAGACUGAGUCAGCUUAACUGUGCAGUUUAUUUUCUGGGUAUUAAUGAAAGUUUAUACAUGUCUCACUGCAUUUGUAGCUGACUGCAGAGAUUAAAGCAAAACUUUGAAACAG